AUGUUGACACUGGCCAAUGUUCUUCCGGGUUGCCGGGUUCAUCCUGGUUCCAGUUCCGGCCUGCAAGACUCUCAUGCCAACAUUGAUUUUCAAGCGAUGGGUUCGCGUGUCUCUCUGACUGGACAAUGCCCUUUGGAAUACUUCGGACACGCCUUCUCCAGCUACGGGCAUGGUAACCCUCUUCCAGCCACGCCCUUUUCCGACAACAUUCGAUUGACUCCUUCUUGUUGCAACCCUGUCGUAACUCAAAGGCCAGUCAUCCAGAUCUACCCCACAUUUGUUAACGUCACGAAUGUGCAGGGUGAACCACGUCGCACGCAGCCAACGACACACCAAGGGAAACCAAGAAGCUUAUUCAGUCUAGAAUCAGGGGCGGCCAGACAAGGUCGUCUUCCGCCGAUUUCUAUGUUUUCAUCCUUGGCUCAUCGUCCCCUCGCCCACAAUGCCCCUGUUAGUAAAAUUUGUGGCGACGCCUCUGGUAGUAGCGAAACAGGCUUUGAGUUGAACACUGUCAACGAGCCAUCCUACUUGAAUCAGUUUCAAUAUUCGGUUCAAAUCGUUCAAACUAAGGAUACGAAUCAAGUUUUGAAAUCGACCAGGGUUGUCAAAAGUAAAAGCAGCAUUAGAAAGAGGGUCACUAGCUCCGUCAGUUACUGCAAGAAACUGAAAGGGAUGGUCAGCGCUGACCUGACACACAGCAUUGCGUCCAUUCUUAAAACGACCAAACAGAUCACUGAUGCUGACCCUAGCGCAGAGCGAACGCCACGUGCGCCCCUAGGUGAUGAUGUCAUAAGGAACAGGGAGCUCAAAUAUUCAAAUUCUGACGGCCACCUCGUCAGCAGUGACGCAAGCCUCGAGGAAACUGAUGACGACAUAGAUGUGACGUCAUGCAGCGGGGAUGAGCUCGACCAUGACGACGAAGUCAGCGUCGUAGCGUCACCAUCUCAAAACGAGGCCGACUUCCUGAGGCAACACGAUGAAAAAAAGAUGGACGGCUACCGAUGUGACAUUGAAGCUAAUCACAAGGGAGAUAAAUCAAAACAAAGUCAUGAGGAUGACAUGACGAAUUCAAAGGAGGAUCUGUCCGCGCUUGAUACUCAUAUACUGCAAUACACAAAGAAUGCAAAAACUGAGGAUUUGAAUAUGAUGAAUCAUAGUCAUUGUGCAGAAGACUCUAGAUCUAGCCCUCCCAUAAGAUUGAAAUCAAACCUACCCACAAAAACGCUUCCUCCGAUUGAGUCACUGUGCCAGCCCAGUGUACGCAACAACCAAGAUGGCCGCAGCGCUUUUAAGCCGAUUGCCAAAAACUGUCAGGGAACUGAAAACCAAUGGACUGCGUCCGAAGAGGACCAUUCUCCGAAUCAAGAAAUGUUGCAUUUUUUAACAACUGAUGCAGUUAGAGAGAAAUGUAGUCUCAAUAACUGGGAAGCAGAGAUUGAUAUCAACUUAAAAUAUAAAGAAAAUGACAAACAACAACAACAGAAGCCCAAAGGAGACAUUUCCACAACGGAUGCCCUUGACAUGCUAAGACGUCAGAGUCUUAUGUACCAGAAUCAGGGAUUUCCCGAUCAUUACAGGACAAACGGGAACCUUCCCAAUACACCGUUGGCUUGGUUUCAGUGGUUAAGGCAUAGAGACACACAUCAUGGGCGUCACUUGGGACCCCAUCAUGCAGAGCCGCCUCACGUGGCCCGUUGCCCGCCUCCGAGGUACUUCUGCGAGGCUUGCAAUAAAACGUAUUCCACAUUUGGCGGGUUAUCGAAACACAGGCAGUUUCAUUGUGUGGAACACAUACGGAAAGAGUUCGCCUGUAACGUCUGCAGCAAAUCAUACUCCUCCCUCGGCGCCCUGAAGAUGCACAUCCGCACCCACACGCUUCCGUGCAAAUGCCACGUCUGCGGGAAGGCGUUCUCCAGACCUUGGCUCCUGCAAGGUCACGUCCGCACCCACACGGGAGAAAAACCUUUUAGGUGUAGCCACUGCGGCAGGGCGUUCGCCGAUCGCUCUAACCUCCGCGCCCACCUUCAGACCCACGCUGAAAUAAAAAAGUACGCUUGCAGGAAGUGCGGGAAAACUUUUUCCAGGAUGUCACUCUUGACGAAGCAUUCUGAAGGCAGUUGCCCUGGCAACAGCAAGACGCUGACUUGAGGACUAUAUAUAUAUUGUCAUGUUCAAUGUUUCUUUAAAAUACCAAUACAGUUGACUCUUGAUAAUCCGACAGUUAAAGGACCGGGAGAGAUGGCGUUGGAUUAUUUGCCGAGUGUGAGAUUACCAAAGGUUAGCUGUACUUCAAAGAACCGUAUAUGUUCCUAGAAAAGUCGCCUAGACAUUGACUAAAACGAAAGUUAUUGAUCUGAAAAAUACAAAACAUUUGAAUUCAUGCUUCAGCGUUCAUAUACUGUACUAAAAUACAAUUCAACUUUGAAGCCUGGGAUUUUGAACUUCUGAAUAUUUAGGCGGCUCCUGAGUCCACCCAACUCUAAUGGGUACCUGAUAUUAGUUGGGGGAAAAUAAUGACGGUUGGUCGUUGU